CCGCGCCAAUGAGCGGGCGAGGAGGUUGUUUUAAACGGCAGAGCCCCGCAGCCAAUCAGGCCGCUCUCGUAGGCAGCCAACGCGAGGCUGAGCCGCGCCGAGCCCCGCGUCGUGCCCUGCGCUCCGCUCCUGUCCACACUACCGCGAACAAUACAGAGUCAAGAUGGCUAAAGGUGAUCCGAAGAAGCCCAAGGGCAAGAUGUCUGCCUAUGCCUUCUUUGUGCAGACGUGCCGUGAGGAACAUAAGAAAAAGAACCCAGAGGUUCCAGUCAACUUUGCAGAGUUUUCGAAGAAGUGCUCAGAGAGGUGGAAGACCAUGUCAAGCAAGGAAAAGGCUAAAUUUGAUGAAAUGGCAAAGGCUGAUAAGGUACGAUAUGACAGAGAAAUGAAGGACUAUGGACCAGCUAAGGGUGGCAAGAAGAAGAAGGACCCCAAUGCCCCAAAACGACCACCGUCUGGCUUCUUCCUCUUCUGUUCAGAGUUUCGCCCCAAGAUCAAGUCCACAAACCCUGGUAUAUCUAUUGGGGAUGUAGCAAAGAAAUUGGGUGAAAUGUGGAACAACCUCAGUGAUGGUGAAAAGCAGCCUUACAAUAAUAAGGCAGCUAAACUGAAGGAGAAGUACGAGAAGGAUGUUGCAGACUACAAGUCUAAAGGAAAGUUUGAUGGCGCAAAGGGAGCAGCAACCAAAGCUGCUCGGAAAAAGGUAGAGGAAGAAGACGAAGAGGAGGAGGAGGAUGAAGAAGAGGAGGAUGAAGAUGAUGAUGAUGAAUAAAACUGUACAAUACUUGUCUCCAUGUGAAUACCAUAGAGUAGGGGAAACACCAUAAAUGAAGCACCUCUUAUUUGAGAUGGUGUCUCUUGCCCUUAUUAGGCUUAAUUAAAAAAAAAAUUGGAUUCCGAUCGCGUUGUAGUUUCUAAAAGUGCUCUAGAAAUUGUAACUGGUUUACAUGAAGUGGCCAUGGGUGUAGUGAGCACCCUGAAACUGUAUCAAAGUUGUACAUAUUUCCAAACAUUUUUAAAAUGAAAAGGCGCUCUAGUGUUCUCCUAACUCUGUGCACUUUGCUGUUGGUGUAACAAAGCAUUUAAAAAUGUUUCAAGCAUUUUUUUUAAUUUGUAAGGUGGUGUUACUAUAUGGUUAUUGGCUAGAAAAUCCUGGGUUAUAAACUGUACAUAUCUAUAGUUUGUAAAAACUAGACAGAUUCUUGUGGUACAUGCUUAGAGUGAUGAUGCCUUAGAGGAGCAGUGAUUACUUGGAGAGGCUGUACGUUCCCCGGGGUGCCAUGGCCCAAAGCAUGCACUGUGAGGGUAGAUCUAUUUACACUACAGUGGGCGUCCAUUUAGCUUAAAGUUGUCUUUCUGUAUAUAGUGAAAUAGCAUUCUGCUGCCAUUCUUAGUUGUGGAAGGGGGUUCAGCUGGCAUGAGAAGUGUAUGGGUUUUUUUAGUUAAGUGCGGUAGUUUUUAAACUGAAACUGUAGACAUCUCUUCAUCGCCAACCAAGUGAAGAGCCAGUGCAGCAACUGAAGUUCAAAAACACUCUGUACUUAAACAAAUUUGCAACGUUCUGUUUUUUUUGUAUGUUUAGAAUGCUGAAAUGUUUUUGAAGCAAAAUAAACAGUAUUACAUUUUUAAAACUG